AUGCUCAGGGCAGGCCGCUGCCACGAGCUGCAGCCGAAGGUGGCCUGCUCCCUGAACGACCCCUGGGCCACGCUGGGCGUGCCCCAGACGGCUAGCGAGAAGGAGAUCAAGAAGGCGCACCGCAAGCUGGUGCUGCAGCACCACCCCGAUGUCAGGAAGGACGACGUCGUGGCGCACGCCCGCUUCAUGCGCAUCCAGGAGGCGUAUGAGCUCAUCAUGGGCAAGCGCCAGGGCAAAGACAUCGACAACCGACCCGCAGACAAGAGCGGCUGGCAGUUCCACGACUGGUGA